GUUUUGUCCUUUCCACCUGAUCCGCCUCGAUCUUAGAUCGCACGAGUCACCAUGAAUAUCGUCGUUUCUUCUCUCUCUUGUCGCCCGGCGCAUAGCUAAUCGGAGAAUCCGGACUAAAAACUAAGGCCGAUCUGGGAGAUGGUGAUGGAUUCCCUUACUCCGGCACCUGCUGCUGAGGCUUCCCUUGCUCCGGCACCUGCUGCCGAGGCAUCUUCUUAUCCACCACCUGCUGAUGAGGAAUGGAUGAAAGAAGAACGAGAGAAAGGCCGCGCACUCAAACUAUAUUUGUCCCAGCUGGAUCCCGAUGAAUGCUUACGAUCUGUGCAGUCAACGCUAGUGGAGAUGGCGAAACAUUCUCAAAUGGAUACCAAGUCUGCUAAACAAGCUGUGGAGAAAAGAUGGAUGGAUACUGUUACAGAAAAUUUGAUACCAACGACUACUGACCCAGAUAUCUUGAAAGCACGCUAUCUCUUUGAAAGACUUGUGGAGAAGAGAGAAACAAUUGAGAAUGGAAUGAAAUGGAUGCGAAAAGAGGUUCUUCAAGCUUUCGAAUCCUAUAGAUCAUUAGCUGCUUAUAAUAAAGUAUGUCUAAUGUUCACUCUAAAAUUUCAUUCGACAUUUUUUUUUUCAUAUGGAUGUUUACUUUUUAGUAAAUCAUAA